CCUUCGCUGAAGGUGCUUCCGUCAAGAUGGUCGUGGGUGCUUUCCCCAUCGCCAAGCUGCUCUAUCUGGGCGUCAGGCAGCUCAGCAAACCGGUGGCGAACAGGAUUAAAGCCGGAGCGAGGAGGAGUGAAUUCUUCAAGAACUACAUCUGCCUUCCUCCAGCUCAGGUGUACCACUGGGUGGAGAUGAGAACGAAGAUGAGGAUCAUGGGUUUUCGCGGCUCCACCAUCAAACCGCUGAACGAGGAUGCGGCCGCAGAGCUGGGAGCGGAGCUGCUCGGAGAGGCCAUCAUCUUCCUCAUCGGCGGUGGCUGCAUGGUGCUGGAGUACAGCCGACAGGCCGCAAACUCCAGGCGGAAAGAAGAGGAGCUGACAGAAACCAUCAACAGCCUGCAGGUGCAGAUCGGAGAGCUCGCCCUGGCCACAGAGACUCUAGACGCUCAGAUCCGAGAGGUCAACCGGCUUCUUCUGUCCUUUCCGUCUGCUCCCAGUAGCAAAUAACAACACUAACGCAGGGUCCCGAGUGGAACUGAGGGACAGAGUAUGUAUAUGUAGGUGAAGUGCGCUACAGUACAGAGGAAAACUGCCAUGUGUAGAUGAACAUGCAGCCUUGUGGAAGUCCACAUCAACAUAGUUCUCUGUAUUUUGGUCCUGAGGUUGAGAUCUAGAGUCAAGAAUACACCAGAUGUUGUGGUGCAGUGAGUGAUUGGCACAAACCAGACCCCUGGUCUGUCUUUUUCUCUUUUGCUGUUUGGCUGAACGUUGCAUGUGUGGGGAGGAAAUAUGUAGGACCUGUGUACCUGUGCAUAUCAUACUCUCCACAUAGUAUUUCACUGAGCAAAGCGCUUUAGAUUAAAAAAUAGUUUGGUUCAUUAACCGAUAGCUCUUGGCUUAGUAAGAUAAUCAUAUAAAAGGCUGGUCAUCUACAAAGGAAAAGGUCACAGAAAAGUCUAACUUACAGUGCUCUCCUUACCACAGGGGUGUCCAGUCUUAUCCACAAAGGGCCGGUGUGGCUGCAGGUUUUCGUUGCAACAAAGGCUCACAUGAACAGCUGUUUAAAUACUGAGACAGACUGAUUAAACAAGUGUAAUCAGGUGUGCUCUUCUUUUUCCGAACGAAAACUUGUACCCACACCAGCCCUUUUUGGAUAAGAUUGGACACCUCUGCCUUAACAGAAUGUAGUUCUUUGACCAAGGCAUGUUUCCAAAAUUGACCUCUUUUCGGAGCUAUGAGGCUAAUGUGGCUAAUAAGUAAUGGACGUUAUUGUCACCCAAAGGUUUUUUUUUAUAUAUACAUUGUAUUAUGUAUACAGUACUAUGAAAAAUCAGGCUUAGGCUUCUGUUAAAAACCAUAUAUCUUGGCAAUAAGUGCGUUUCUGUCCAUAAAAAAAACAACAUAGGACAUUAGAUUAAAUCCUAACAAACUCCAAUGCGGGAAAAAGUAACUUUGAUUGUUGAGAUCUUGAAGCAUAAUUUUGAAGCAUUUCUCUUGAUCAAUUUCUAAAAUUUUCAUACAAGGUAAAGAAGUAAACAAAAAAAA